ACAGUUAGGACGUACGCCGUGACUUCUUCUGUGGACUUAGUAAACACUGAAGCAGACGAUAUAGAACAGGGGUUCGGAUUACACAAUCUAUUUGAUUUUCGGCACACGUCGAAAGGUGACAAGAUACACCAAGAUUCGCGAGAUCCUAUCUACGGAGUUGUGGUCAAAAUGGCGGCUGGCGUAGUGAAAGCUUCACGAAGUCACUGUGAUAUAUCAAACUGUCAGUAAUGACGAUACGAGGACUCAUGUUAGAGUUUAGAUUAACAGUAUGAAAAGAUUGAAAAUUCUCACAAUGAUGGGGUUAUGUUUCACCGUGGGCACCUUAUUCGGCCUGAUCAUCCACUUGCCGGGAGGUACCUUUAAGACUAUGGAGGAGGGGUCUUCGCUUUCACGUCAUGAGAGAGGACUUGGCGGGGAGGGACGGAGGCUGAAUGGGUUGGAAGUAAACCCUAAUGUACUGGAGAACACGAUCGUGCACGCCAAUACGGCCGAGUCUCCAAGGGGCUUUCGAACAGAUCCGCAGAUUAGUAUUCAUAGGAACAACCGUAUAGAAAACAAGAAAAAUAAUAGUGUACGAGGAGGAAAGCGGAUUAGUAAACAUUUAACUGAAAAGAGUCAACGGCUCGCGAGUCCAAGUGGACUAAACUUAGACACCCAGAAAAAUUUAGAUACAGUGCACCGUCCAGUGAAAAAUAUUAUACAGAGUCAGGACUCGAACCAAAAUAAGGUACCACAAAGUGAUAGUGAGACCAGGACUAAAAAGGUUUAUAGAACUUCUGUGAAUGUUGUUGUCGGUAAUGGUAAUUACAAGUCAGAACAGUUAGAUAGAGCAGAUAUUGCUCCAAAAGGUGCUAGUCCAAAUCCGUUCUCAAAACUCUCUGAUAUGGUUGAUGGUGCGUAUUGGAAUCGGAACGUGGAGGCGUUGCUCCCUGUUGGUUUCACGACUGACACAGUAAAAGAUUGGAACAACUUCUCCCGGGUGACAACGCUAGUCAGAAUGCAGGAUGGAUGCGGGAGAAUGCAGAACCGUCUGCUGACGUUCAAAGAUGCUUCUAAGUCGUGUGCCCGGUACAGGAUCAACACUGAUCAAAUCCAAGGGGAGAUCUUCUCUUUCUAUCUAAGUCGCGUGCUCGGGAUUCGAAACAUCCCACCAUCAGUGCUAAAAACCGUCAACCUCCGUGACCAACAGUGGGUGAAGAUAGGUGGUGACAUCCAGAACGCUCAGUGGAGUGAGGAGAAGCCACUGAUUAUGACACAGUGGGUCAAAAACUUAGUACCUGCCUUCAUUCCUGAAGAAUUUCGGAGAGAUACUCGCAAUCUCAGUCCAAACCAGACGACUUUACUCGAAAAAAGUAUACCUGAGUUGACAGAGUUAAUACAGUGGUCAGAUUUGAUCGUAUUUGACUACAUCACAGCCAACUUGGAUAGGGUUGUGAACAAUAUGUUCAAUAAGCAAUGGAAUAGCCAGAUCAUGUCCGGACCUGCUCAUAACUUGGAGAAAUCGACAGAAACAGGACUGUUGGUGUUUCUCGAUAACGAAUCAGGUCUCUUCCACAGCUACAGACUUUUAGAUAAGUAUUCUCAUUUUCACGAAUCUCUACUUAAAUCCCUGUGUAUAUUCAGACGCUCAACUGCUGAGAGGAUCAAAGCCUGGCAUGACGGAAGUGACGUUCUUGAUGCGAUGUGGGAGCAGUUUCAGCAGCAUGAACCUCUGCAUCGCUCGUUGCCGUGGUUUCCGGAGAAAAAUGUCAAAAUUCUGAAAUCGCGAAUUUCUGAUGUUUAUAAUCAAAUACGACAUUGUGAGAAUAUUUUUGGUGAAGGUAGAGGAAGGUAGGGUUGUUAUGCUAAGGACUUAAGGUCCGUAAAAUGGUGAUAGUGCAAUUUCAAUUUGAAAAUUGAUAAGUCCUUUUUAUGUCAAGGUACAUGUAUGUUCAGUGUCCAGUUGUUCACAGUAUUGAUGUUUUCACUACUGCGUUUACCCUUAUCAUCUUUUUAUUUGGCGAAGGUUUUUACAAGACCAAUGCUAGAAUUUGAAGCCAGCCUUCUACGCUGCAAAUUCUGAAGAGCAGUGGUUGGUUACAUAUCGAAACAAGGCGUCAAGAAUCUUUCCCCGUUUUGUUGCAACGUUACAAACUUAUGGUUACUGGACAUACCUUGACUAAAACUGACUUAAAAUAAUAAAUGCUCAUGGCUUUGAAAUACAACAUCCUUGUGGUGGUCAAUCAAAAAAAUUAUAAAAUUUCUUAAUAAUUUUUUUUUCAUGAUAUUUCAUACAUGUCACCAAAAACAUAAGCUCGCCUCAAAUGUUUUGGGUAUGCAUGUGAUGUUGUAUUUCAAAGAAAACUAUAUGCUAAAUAUAAUGCUCGGUCACAUAUCGCGUGUGUAUUUCUUCACUAUGAAGCACUUACAUGAAAUAUUUAUUUUCAUACUCUUUAGUAAAUUACUCUCGAAAAAUGCUUUAAUUUUCACAAAUAAAAAAAAAAAAAAAAGAAUUGACAGCUUGUUUUUCAAGGCUAGAC